UGGAUACAUAGGCUACUUUGUUACCCCCUGAAUGUGCAACUUGAAACGGGACUUUAUCUUGUCAUCAGUUCAGUGGCAACAGCAAUGCGUCGCAGUCUUUCUGCUGCCUUCUCAUAAUUGGCUGAACAAGCAGUGAUGCUACAUCCACCGCUAACCUUGCCCGGGACCAAAGGGAGGAAAGCUUGAGGAGCGCGCGCAUCAGGACGUCAAAACGCUAAUAACAGAACAGGUGGAAUUUUCAGCGUUUCUACGAUUCUCUCUCAACUGGGAACAUGUUUUCCCACACCAUGUCUGUCAGAAUUGGCAAGGAAUGUCACCAAUGAAUAUCUGUCAAAGAAUUGACUGAUAACACCGCGAGUCCCUUCUUGUAGCCGUUUUGGCUAUCAGCUUCAGACUCCGUGUAUAGUAGCUCACCCGUCAACUGAAAGGACGAUACACGGACCCUACUACCAUGCCCGCAGAAGUCAACGACCCUGAGAGCAUUUUGAGCUACCAGAGGGCAGAUGAGGAAGUGGUAGUGGACCAAGGAGGAACCAGCUCAGUCCUCAACAUCCACUAUGAGAAGGAGGAGCUAGAGGGCCACAGGACUCUGUUUUUGGGGGUGAGUAUGCCCAUGGGUAGACAGAGCCACCGCCACCACCGCCCCCACGGCUCACGCCACCGCAAGAAGGACAGGAGGGCAGGGAACGCUACGCAGCAGGACGAGGGGGGAGAGGGGGCCUCAGCCUCUCAUGACACUCCGUCCCAGCGUGUCCAGUUCAUUCUGGGGACAGAGGAGGAUUCUGAACAUGUGGCCCACGAGCUCUUCACUGAGCUGGAUGAGAUCUGUGUCAAAGAGGGCAAGGACGCAGAGUGGAAAGAAACUGCCAGGUGGUUGAAGUUUGAGGAGGACGUGGAGGAUGGAGGAGAGAGGUGGAGUAAGCCCUAUGUGGCCACGCUGUCCCUCCACAGCCUGUUUGAGCUGCGUAGCUGCCUCAUCAACGGCAGUGUGCUGCUGGACAUGCAGGCCAACACCAUCGAGGAGAUCGCAGAUAUGGUGUUGGACCAGCAAGAGGCGUCCCAUGAGCUGGACGACAGUGUGAGGCUGAAGGUAAGGGAGGCCCUGCUGAAGAGACACCACCACCAGAACGAGAAGAAGAGGUCAGGCCAUCACCAGCUCAUCCCUGACAUGGUGCGCUCAUUUGCCGAUGCCGGACGCAAGCACUCUGAACCCCACAUGGACAAGAGUGGUCCAACUGUCUCCCCCCAGCCUCCCCCCAACAACAUUGAGGUAAAAAACGGAGCCAACCACGACAACAGCCAAGUGGACCUUAGCAAGGUGGACAUGCACUUCAUGAAGAAGAUUCCUACAGGAGCCGAGGCCUCUAACGUCCUGGUGGGAGAGCUGGACUUCCUGGAGAGACCUGUGGUGGCCUUCGUACGCCUCUCCCCUGCCGUACUGCUCACUGGCCUCACUGAGGUCCCCAUACCCACCAGGUUCAUGUUCAUCCUCCUGGGCCCAGAUGGAAAGGCUCAGCAGUACCACGAGAUUGGCCGCUCCAUGGCAACCAUCAUGACUGACGAGAUUUUCCAUGAUGUGGCAUAUAAAGCUAAGGACCGCAGUGACCUGCUGGCUGGUAUAGAUGAGUUUCUGGAUCAGGUAACCGUUCUUCCCCCCGGGGAGUGGGACCCUUCCAUCCGCAUCGAGCCCCCCAAGAGUGUCCCCUCUCAGGAGAAGCGGAAAAUUCCGGGGAUGCCCAACGGUACGACCUGCCCUGUGGAAGAGGAGUUUCACGCAGAACAUCAUGGUCCUGAGCUCCAGAGAACAGGAAGAUUGUUUGGGGGUCUGAUCCUGGACAUUAAGCGGAAGGCUCCAUUCUAUCUGAGUGACUACAAAGAUGGGUUGAGUCUUCAGUGUGUUGCCUCCUUCCUCUUCCUCUACUGCGCCUGCAUGUCCCCAGUCAUCACCUUCGGAGGCCUGCUGGGGGAGGCUACGGAGGGACGCAUUAGUGCCAUUGAGUCUCUGCUGGGAGCAUCCAUGACAGGAGUGGCCUACUCUCUGUUUGCUGGUCAGCCUCUCACCAUCCUGGGUAGCACAGGCCCUGUCCUCGUCUUUGAGAAGAUCCUCUUCAAGUUCUGCAAGGACUAUGACCUGUCCUACCUGUCUCUGAGGACCUGUAUCGGCCUGUGGACGGCCUUCCUGUGUCUCGUCCUGGUGGCCACAGAUGCCAGCUCCCUGGUCUGCUACAUCACCCGCUUCACAGAAGAAGCCUUUGCUUCCCUUAUCUGCAUCAUCUUCAUUUACGAGGCUCUGGAGAAGCUCAUCCACCUGGGGGAACACUACCCCAUCAACACCCACAGCGACCUGGACAAGCUCACACUGGCAUACUGUCGGUGUGCAGAGCCUGAUAACCUCAGUAAUACAACCCUGGAGCUAUGGAGUCAGAAAAACAUCACUGCUUCUGCUGUGCCUUGGGCCAACCUUACUGUCAAGGAGUGCAUAGGUCUGCAGGGCCACUUUGUGGGUACAGCUUGUGGACACCAUGGCCCCUACACCCCUGACGUGCUCUUCUGGUCGGCCAUCCUCUUCUUCGCCACUGUCUUCAUGUCAGCAUUCCUCAAAGAGUGUAAGACCAGCCGCUAUUUCCCCACCAGGGUGCGGUCCAUGAUCAGUGACUUUGCGGUCUUUAUCACCAUUGUAUUUAUGGUCAUGCUUGACUUCCUAAUUGGAAUCCCCUCGCAGAAGCUGCAGGUGCCCAGCAACUUUAAGCCCACCCGAGAUGACCGUGGUUGGUUGAUCAACCCGAUAGGUCGAAACCCUUGGUGGACGGUCUUGGCUGCCUCCAUCCCUGCUCUGCUCUGCACCAUCCUCAUCUUCAUGGACCAACAGAUCACCGCUGUCAUCAUCAACCGCAAGGAGCAUAAACUACUGAAGGGCUGUGGCUAUCACCUGGACCUGCUGAUGGUGGGGGUGAUGCUGGCUGUGUGCUCCAUUAUGGGCCUGCCCUGGUUUGUGGCAGCCACCGUGCUCUCCAUCUCCCACGUCAACAGCCUGAAACUGGAGUCAGAGAGCUCGGCCCCCGGUGAACAGCCCCGCUUCCUGGGCAUCAGAGAGCAGAGGCUCACAGGCCUGGUCAUCUUCCUACUGAUGGGCCUCUCUGUCUUCAUGACUGGGGCUCUGCAGUUCAUUCCCAUGCCUGUCCUGUAUGGAGUAUUUCUCUACAUGGGAGCCUCGUCUUUGAGGGGGAUACAGUUUUUUGACCGUCUAAAGUUGUUUGGUAUGCCAGCUAAGCACCAGCCAGACUUCAUCUACCUGAGACACGUUCCCCUGAGGAAGGUGCACCUGUUCACCAUCACCCAGCUCACCUGCCUGGCCCUGCUCUGGAUCAUUAAAACCUCCAAGGCUGCCAUUGUCUUCCCCAUGAUGGUUCUGGCUCUAGUGUUCAUCCGUAAGUUGUUGGACCUUUGCUUCACUAAGAGGGAGCUGAGUUACCUGGACGACAUAAUGCCUGAGAGCAAGAAGAAACAACUGCAUGACGCCUCCAAGAAUGUUGACAUUGAGCAGGAUGAGGAGAUUCUGGGUACAGCAGUAGAGGAUAAGACCUCUGUCCAUAUCGCCAUGGAGAGCAGCAAGCUCCUGCAGUUCCCCAAAACACACGACCUCAGGUGUGACCCCUCUGACAUUAACAUAUCUGAUGAGAUGUCUAAAACCACCGUGUGGAAAUCCCUCAACGCCAACCAAAAGGACAGUCGCAUGGGGGCUGCUAAGAAGGAUUGAAAUUGAAGGUCUGGAAUUUAUAGAUCAGUGAGAGAGUGGAACCAGAUGACUACAGAGGCUGUGAGCUACUCUUCAAUAAGCCAGACACAUAGGUCAUAGAGCAUUUCUAAUGCCCCCUUGUGUUUUGGCUCACACACAUCUUUAACCCAAACACCUCCUCUACAAUACCGGGAACCCAAGAUUCUCACCAGCCCCCCCCCCCGACACCUAACGGCUGCUCUCAUACACCCCAACACACACACAUUUCCUCAAACAACCACAACCACAACAAACCUUCAGAACAGCCUUGCUGUGUCUAUGAGAAUGCUCCUCCAAACCCAAACCAGGUUCUUUUCUAAAUCUCAGUGGCUCUACUAGUAUGUUAUCUUUACUUUAAAGAGUUGGUCAUUUUCUUUACUGUACCAUAAGUGUGUUUUUUAUAACGUGGUGGUCUUGUCAAAUUAGUAUAUAAUUGGAUCAAUAAUGUAGAGAUAUUUAACUUUGGACAUAAAAUCUGUGUCUGUUUUUGUGCAACGUACGAUAUGAUAAUAUUGCUAGAAGAGACCGUACUUCAGUUCAACCAGUGAAAUCAAUAAUUUGAUUAUGCGCUAUAAUAAUCUGUUACCUUUGUGGAUAUAUCUGUGUUAAAUAUAACUGUUCAGAUUGGAAGCUCCUGUACAGAAUGUAUGUGAUCUUCUGUUUCUGUCCAUGUGUUUUACCUCAGUUGACCUCUUUGGAAUUGGGAACUCUUGUCAGGCAGUAUGGGUAGGACCUUAAGUUUUUCCAGAUCACGUGAUCUGGGUUGUUCCUGAUCAGGUCACAUGGUCGGGAACAACACACAGCGCCUAAGUAUGGGUAACACUGUAAAAUGUUAGAAGCCAGAGGGGAGUAGCAGUGGAGCCUAGAGCAGUACAGGACCACACCUAGAAAUUACUCACAGAAAUGGCCAGAAUACACACCUUUUGACUGUGUGUGUGCAAUUCUGAGAUAGUUUAAUAUGUGUGCAUCCAUAAUUCAUCGGCAAAACCAAACAUGCUGAAUAUGAGCAAUAAAUUAGCCCAAAUGAAUGGCCCUGUGCAGAAGAUCUACCUACCACUGAAUCUACCAAGACUACACACUUACUGGACCUGAUUGUAAUGUUUCAAUGACCUCCACGUUUUGAGGACAUUUAAUUUCAUUGAUAAACCUGUCCAUUUCUUCUCAAAGGUGCAUCAUUCCUCCUUCCUCUACUCUCUUCUGUUGAUUACUGAUCUCAGAUCUGUAAUUAUAUUAAGUAAUGAAGGAAGGAUGUAUUUGAACAGCACCCUAAUCCAGUAAAUUGGGACCACAUCCCUUACUGUGAUGUGUGCUCUUUGCUCCUAGGGCCAGUUGGGAGGCCAGAAAACAUACUGGCACAGUAUUCCUCAAUAACAUACAAUUCAUUUGUAGUUGCACAUUGUAUAGAUAUAGUAUAUAUAAUAUAUAUGUUUUAUUUUCAAGAAACUGAGUAAGAGAUUAUGUAUGACAAUAAUUUAUUACAAUAAUUUAUUUUAGAAUAUGAAUGUUAAAAACGGUCACUUUCUGUAUAUAGUGUAAUAAAUGGGACAAUGUGUUACCAGGAAGCCUAAUGAAUGCAGCACAAAAAGCAUCUAAAUACAAACGUAAUAGGAAUGACUCCACUAGAAUAUAUCCUCCCAUGUUUACAAGAUGUUUCCCACCACUAAAUCCAACUGCCUACUACUGAGAAACUUCAGGAAUGUGUCCAAAAUGAUGAUAAUUGUAAUUUUGAUGAUGAUUGUCAUGAUCGUUAUCAUGUCUAUACAUCCCCAUGACUAGUGCCAAAGUGACUUUAAGUACAGUCUACAUACAGUAAUAAUACCCGUACAAAGAUCAUGAGAGAUACAGCAUCUUGCUUCAGAUAAAGCCAUCAUUGUUUGUCAAUAGUCAUCUUGACAUGGAUCACCCAAUGGGUCCAAUAGAUUACAUUCCUCUUUUUUCCAAACCUGAUGGAAAUACUAAUGUAUGGAAUGUAAGAAUCGUACUGAGAAUUGUACUCAUUGUACUGAGGACUAACUAGAAAACAUUGUAUUGUUUUUGAUACAAUGUGGUGAUGUUUUGCCUCUGUGUGUUAUACCUCUCAACUUCCUUUUAAAUCAUCCAAUCAUUUUGUUUCUUUGUCCCAGACAACAGUAUGAAAUGACUUUGAGAAUACGUAAAAGUACAGUGUGACACAAACACAAUAAAAUAUGAGAAUUCAAACAAUAUAAAACAGCAACAGUCAAACACUUAAAAUAGCCAAAUUUGAAAAACACAAAUCACAAAACAUACAGUGAAAGCAGAACAUACAUUUAGAGAAAGAAACAAAACUGAAAAUGUGAUUUAAAAGGCCCGGGGCAGUUAAAACAUUGAUAUUCCUGUGUUUAUAUAUAUUUACACAUUACUAGGUUUGAAUAAUAUUAUGAAAUUGUGAAAAUUAUGAUAAUAAAACUUUUAGUGUAAGAGCUGUUUGAAAAGACCGCCAGAAAUUCCAGCCUGUUUUGGUGGGAUGGAGUUUUAGCCUGCCUGGUGACAUAAAUAGACCAAUAACAAAGAUAGUUUUAAACCUCUGACAAUAACAGUUGGAUUUCACUUUUCCCUUCCCCACUCAGACCACUCCCAAACAGUCCUAGCAAAAUUUUUGCUUGAGAAAUUGCUCUUUGCUAAGUAGCUAUUUUUGUUUCUUUUUCACAAUUUAAUUGAAAACAAUCACAGCAAGCUUCUUAAUUGACCCUUAACUAAGCCCCACACCAGAAUUUUGGGGAAUCAAUCUCAGUGCUCCAAUGGAUAGCAACUGUAGUUGCUCACGUUUCAAACGCAUGAAAGCCAAUGAGAGCUAUGGCAAAACUGAGAGUUUCAUCAAAAUGUAGCUAAAUUGUUUCAAUGGCUAAAUAACAAUGCACCAGGGUUACUUGCUACUGUGAUUCCUGCAAUGCAGAGCCUGUUGGAGUAUUUUUAAAAUCCUAAUUAUACUUUUGUUACAUUGUUUGCUAGCUCAGCUGGUUAGCUAGCUCUGUCUCAUUGACCACCAAACAUUGCUAACACUAGCUAGCCACUUAUUAUAACUUGUUUUAUCAAAAUGUAUGUUAGCUAGCUAAGUUAUCUAUAUUAUGAAUACAACUAUAAUCCGCUGUUGACAUCAGGAUUCGACUUGAGAUAACUAGUUAGCUCCAAAAGUAGUUAUAGUAGUAGCUUUGACUGCAUGACAGUGCAUUCAGAGCCAUCCAAUCUUCCACAAACUUAAUUGUACCAGGUUCCCGUGAAGCAAUUGUAAUGACAGUCCACCACAACAUACCCAAUAGUCUCCUAAAUAGCAAGGGUAGUUUGUGUUUAAUUUAUUGUGUAUUAAAAACACAGUUUAAGAUUGUUGUGAGUGGUUUUCUCCAGUAGUUUGACUGGGGAAUGGAGCUUCCUGGGAAAAUGUUGUCAUAGGUUGCAACAGUAACCAAGGGGGGCAGGGCUUAGCAAAGGGUCAAUUGUUACCUAGAAAUGAUUUGAUAUUGAGAAAAAAACGGCUACAUUGGACCUGUAAGAAAGCAGAGCUACUGUACAUUCACACACUGUUAGUGGAUGUGCUCUCAGAAAAGACUUGAAUAAUUCAGCAAAGCAAUCUUAAAAAUGACAUGAUUAGUUUUAUGUGAUUGAGAAAUAAAAACAUCUAUUCAAACAAUGUGUUCUUCUAUGUAUACAGUGCCUUCAGAAAGUAUUCAUACACCUUGACUUAUUCCACAUUUUGCUGUUACAGCCUGAGUUCAAAAUGGAUUACAACAUUUUCUUCUCACCCAUCUACACACAAUAGCCCAUAAUGACAAAGUGAAGAUAUAUUUUUAGAAAUUUAGCAAAUGUAUUGAAAAUAAAGUACAGAACUAUCUAAUUUACAUAAGUAUUCACAACCCUGAGUCAAUACAUGUUAGAAUAAACUUUGGCAGCGAUUACAGCUUUAAGUCUUUUUGGAUAAGUCUCAGCUUUGCACACCUGGAUUGUACAAUAUUUGCACAUUAAUAUUUUUUGAAUAAUGUAAGUUCUGUCAAGUUGGUUGUUGAUCAAUGCUAGACAGCCAUUUUCAAAUCUUGCCAUAGAUUUUUGGCAAUUUCAGUCAAAACUGUAACUAGGCCACUCAGGAACAAUCAAUGUCAUCUUGGUAAGCAACUCCAGUGUAUAUUUGGCCUUGUGUUUUAGGUUACUGUCCUGCUGAAAGGUGAGUUUGUCUCCCAGUGUCUCGGAAAGCAGACUGACCCUCUAGGAUUUUGUCUGUGCUUAGUUCUAUUCCGUUUAUUUUUAUCCUUAAAAACUCCCUAGUCCUUGUCGAAGACAACUAUGCCCAUAACGUGAUGCCACCACCACCAUGCUUGAAAAUAUGAAGAGUGGUACUCUGAUGUGUUGUAUCUUUGUAGUGACUGCAUGUAUUGAUACACCAUCCAUAGGGUAUUUAAUAACUUCGCCAUGCUCAAAGGGAUAUUCAAUGUCUGUUUUUUUUUUGUUUUUUUUUACCCAUCUACCAAUAGAUGCCCUUCUUUGCAAGGCAUUGGAAAACUUCCCUGUUUUUUUGUGGUUGAAUUUGUGUUUGAAAUUCACUGCUUGACUGAGGGACCUUUCAGAUAAUUGUUUGUGUUGAGUACAAAGAUGAGGUAGUCAUUCAAAAAUCAUGUUAAACACUAUUAUUGCACAUUGAGUGAGUCCAUGAAACUUAUUAUGUGACUUAUUAUGUGACACAUUUUUACUCCUAAACUUAUUUAGGCUUGCUAUAACAAAGGGGUUGACUACUUAAUGACUCAAGGCAUUUCCGUUUUUCAUUUUCCAUUAAUUUGUACAAUUUUGUAAAAAUGUAAUUACAGUUUAAUAUUACGGGGUAUUGUGUGUAGGCCAGUUACACAAAAUCUCAAUGUAAUACAUUUUAAAUUCAGGCUGUGUGAAUACUUUCUGAAGGUACUGUAUGUCAGUACGUGCUGCCCCAGCUGUUCUGUCGAGUGUGUGUGUGUGUGUUGAGACUUUGACUUUGUCCAGUGCAGUGCAGUCAGUGUCACAGUGUCCUCACCCUCAGUCUCAGACUUUUUCUCUGAGAUCAUACACUUCUGGUAUUAGCUGUGUUUACCCAAUGUAAUUGAGUGUGUCCGCUUCUCUCUUCCUCCCAUCCUUUCCUACUCUCCUCUUCUCCUUCCCUCCAUGUAGUGAGUAGAUGAGUCAUAGUGUACAGUGUCAGACAGUGUUUUUCUGAUGAAUACAAGAUUGGCCUUGUGUCCACAAUUAAUUUAAUAGACAAGGUCAAAGAGAAAGAGAGGGAUGAGAGGAGGGGGCGGGGUGAGAGAAAGAAAUUAAAGAGAGGGUGAGAGAUACAGAGGGCUUAGAGAGAGAGAUUUUCAGGGAGAAAGAUGCCUUGUCUGAAAAAUAUUGAAAGCUUAGUCCAUAGCAAAAUGAUUCUAAAUGUUUUAUAUGUGUAAUGUCAUUUUUGAUUAUGGAAACAUGGGAAAUAAACCAUACAUCUUUAAAAGUA